AGAACUCUUCCCGCCUCACCUCGCCAUUUCCAGCAACCGUCUCCCUUUGUCCUUUUCUUUCCCCUUUACCUAACCCACUAAAGCAAGCAUGUCCGCCAAGCCGCAGCCCGUCGCCGCCGCCAACUGGAAGUGCAACGGCAGCCGCGCCUCCAUCGAGAAGCUGCUGGAGUGCUUCAACGGCCAGGAGAUCACGCACGACGUGCAGUGCGUGGUGGCGCCCACCUUCGUGCACCUCCCGAUCGUGCAGGCGAAGCUGAGCCACCCCAAGUACGUCAUCAGCGCCCAGAACGCCAUCUCCAAGAGCGGCGCCUUCACGGGUGAGGUGUCGAUGCCGAUCCUGAAGGACAUGGGCAUCAACUGGCUCAUCAUCGGCCACUCGGAGCGCCGCACGUACUACGGCGAGACGAACGAGAUCGUGGCGCAGAAGGUGGCGGACGCCGUGAAGCAGGGCUUCAUGGUGAUUGCGUGCAUCGGCGAGACGCUGCAGCAGCGCGAGGCGAACCAGACGGCGAAGGUGGUGCUGACGCAGACGGCCGCGAUUGCGAAGAUGGUGCCGAAGGAGGCGUGGGCCAACAUCGUGCUGGCGUACGAGCCCGUGUGGGCCAUCGGCACCGGCAAGGUCGCCACCCCUGAGCAGGCGCAGGAGGUUCACGCGAUGCUGCGCCAGUGGGUGACGGAGAAGAUCGGUGCGGAUGUGGCUGCCAAGCUGCGCAUCCUGUACGGCGGCUCCGUGAACGCGGCCAACGCGAAGGUGCUGUACGCGAAGCAGGACAUCAACGGCUUCCUCGUCGGCGGUGCGUCCCUCAAGCCGGGGUUCCGCGACAUCGUCAGCGCCACGCAGUAG